UCAGUUGUUGACAUUUUAAGGAAAACUCGUGUAGCUGGCGGUAACGCGUCAUUUUUGCCUCAGCGCGUGACUCUUCGUCAUGUGACCUUUCUGUUGUCAUUUGCUAGCAGCUCCGUGGAAAGUAGAAAGUGUUUAAUACCUUAAUUUAAUUAUUUAGAGUUACCGAUAUUCUUAAAAAGAGGGACUAAAGGAAAUAAUAAUUUAGAGUCUUACUGCUGUUACUUUUAGUGUUCUUUAAAGACUAACAGCAAUGGAUGUCUUUCUGAAUUAGCAUUGAGCACCAGUCAUUUGAACUUGGUUUGGAACUGAAGAUGAAUGCUCUGGUUGCACUGUGUCACUUCUGUGAGCUCCAUGGUCCUCGGACACUAUUCUGCACCGAGGCACUACACCCUCCAUCCCCAGACCCCUUAUCACAGGCAGGGGCUCCCGUGCCAGGGGACAGGGACAGAGAUGGCGACAGGGAAGGUGAAGGACUGACCAUGAGGGCCAACAGCUCAGCUACACAGAGAGGAGAAAUGUGCGAGGGAUGUAGGUCUCUUCCUGCCUCUCACCCAGGCUUUAUGAGCAUCGAUGAUGAAACAGGCAUUCGCUUCCUGAGUCAUCAGCACCCCAGGCAGCCCCAACUUUUUAGUGUGGUCCGUCAGGCUUGUGUACGCAGUCUCAGCUGUGAGGUGUGUCCAGGUCGUGAAGGACCAAUUUUUUUCGGGGAUGAGCAACAUGGGUUUGUGUUCUCACACACAUUUUUUAUCAAAGACAGCCUGGCUAGGGGGUUCCAGCGCUGGUACAGUAUUGUUAUGGUAGCCAUGGACAGGAUCUACCUCAUCAACUCUUGGCCUUUCCUGUUACGGCAUCUUAAGCUUACUAUACAGAGCCUGCAAAGCACAGCUUUAAAGGUGUUUGACAGUGAGCAAGGAGUUUGUUCCCAGCGAGCUAUGAGAAUGAACAGCGUGUUUUCACCUGCAGUUUUCCCACACCAGAGGAGUGGCAAUGCAGCCCGGUCACUAACUUCUCUCACUCAACAUCCCAAUCUCUGGGCCAGCCUGCACUCCUCCUUCAGCUGGUUGCUUAAGGCAUGUGGGAGUCGUCUGACAGAGAAACUACUUGAAGGUGCCCCCACAGAGGACACUCUGGUCCUCAUAGAAAGACAAACAGAGCAAGAGGAGGAAAUGAGCUGCUGGGAGGGAGCAGAAGGAGGCGGGCCAAAGUCACAGCGCCACCAGUCAGACAGCACUCUGGGCCAUGACUUCCUCUGCGAUGACUCAAAAUUAGACGAAUUACCUGGUCCUAAGUUUAGGUCACUGAGACAUUUACGACAGGUCCUUGGGGCAACUGACUUUCGACAGCUAGCGUGGCACGUGCUCAUGGGAAAUCAGGUCAUAUGGAGAGGCGCAAAUCCCGGGCUCAUCCAGUCAGCUUUUACAGUCCUCAAGACUUUGCUCCCAGUAGGCUGUGUGCGUUCUGUACCAUACAGCUCUCAGUAUGAGGAGGCCUACAAAUGCAACUUCCUGGGUCUCAGCCCUGAUGUGCCAAUCCCAGCCCACGUCAGCUCCUCAGAGUUUUCCGUGCUGGUGGAUGUCACCUCAGAGAGAAGCUGUCAGGUCUCGGCUGCAAGUGAAGACGAUAUCUGCACUCUUUAUCAGUUCACCCUGAGCAGCGCCAACACACAGCCUACAGACAGAGGUCCAACGUUGCUGAACAAGCUGGAGGUGGCCUUGUCUAACGAGAACUUGUCUGUGGACGUUGUGUCUCACUGCCUGCUGUGUUUAAAGGAAGAAUGGAUGAAUAAAGUCAAAGUGCUGUUCAAGUUCUCCAAAGUGGACGGUCGGGGGAGGGAAGACACCCAGAAGGUUCUUGCUCUACUUGGUGCCACGGGGCCUGGUGAGGAAGAAAAUGUCAGGCUGCUCAAGUACUGGAUGACUGGACUCAGCAAAACCUACAAGAGUCACUUAAUGAUGGCAGUCCGAGGAGGGGAGAGGAGCCCCAGCCAGUGACAAAGGGGGGAGGAGGAGCAGAUUAAGGGGUAAAGAAAAAGGAGCUGAAAAGAGGGGGGCAUGCUGAAGAAAGUGAAAGCAAGAAUAUGUAAAUGCUAAAUGAAGCAAACAUGAGUCUUUUCAUGGUUAUUUUUGUUAACUGUUUGGGACUACGACUCGAAUGAAAGAGGACUGUGAAUGGAUGACAGGAAUGAUUUUACUCAUCCAUUAUUGUCUUUCUGAGUAAUGAGAAAUGUUGUGUACCGAACUCCGAUGAUUAUCCUGCACAGAUUAACACAUAGAGUCAUUUUGGAUAAUGCAUGGUGGCUGUUUCUUUUUCCAAAGGAAAUUCUUGUAGAAGAACCUUUUCAUACUAACAUGUUAAGUUUAACUUAUUAAAAUACGUUGCACUUUGUUUACUCAAUCUGUUGUUUAAAAUGAAAUAAAUUAAUAUCAGUCCAACAUCUUUCUUUUUUUAGUAUUGGCUCCAUCUUGUGGUGAAGGGUAAGAAUAAAAAGGGAGUGAAAGUGAAGUGGGGAAGGAGGGGAUUAGUAUUUCUCAACCAGCUCCCACUCACUUGUUAGAGUGGCUGUUGGCCAGCAAGUCCCAAGUGGUGUAAAACACACUUUUAAGGUUUUUGGUGUACUGAAAUGUACAAAAUGGUUGCAUAAUGAGGCCC